UGGCUGCCUCACCAGGGUCCCGACGGCCGCAUCGUGGUGCUGGAGGAGAAGAAGUCGUUGCUGCCCCUCUGGCUCCAGGUGAUCCUCAUCGCCGGGCUCCUGGUGCUCUCGGGCAUGUUCAGCGGGCUCAACCUGGGCCUCAUGGCGCUGGACCCCAUGGAGCUGCGCAUCGUGCAGAACUGCGGCACCGACAAGGAGAAGCGCUACGCCCGCAAGAUCGAGCCCAUCCGGCGCAAGGGCAACUACCUGCUCUGCUCCCUGCUGCUGGGCAACGUGCUGGUCAACACCACCCUCACCAUCCUCCUCGACGACCUCAUCGGCUCUGGCAUCGGCGCCGUCGUCGCCUCCACCAUCGGCAUCGUCAUCUUCGGCGAGAUCGUGCCCCAGGCGCUCUGUUCCCGCCACGGUCUGGCCGUGGGCGCCAACACCAUCGUGGUCACCAAGUUCUUCAUGCUGGUGACGUUCCCCCUCUCCUUCCCCAUCAGCAAGCUGCUGGACUGCAUCCUGGGCCAGGAGAUCGGUACUGUCUACAAUCGGGAGAAGCUGGUGGAGAUGCUGAAGGUGACGGAGCCAUACAAUGACCUGGUGAGGGAGGAGCUCAACAUGAUCCAGGGAGCCCUGGAGCUACGGACCAAGACAGUGGAGGAUGUGAUGACCCCCCUGCACAACUGUUUCAUGAUCAACAGCGACGCCAUCCUGGAUUUCAACACCAUGUCGGAGAUCAUGGAGAGCGGCUUCACCCGCAUCCCCGUCUACGAGGACGAGCGCUCCAACAUCAUGGACAUCCUUUACGUCAAGGACCUGGCGUUCGUCGACCCUGACGACUGCACCCCGCUCAAGACCAUCACAAAGUUUUACAACCACCCCGUGCACGUCGUCUUCCACGACACCAAGCUGGACGCCAUGCUGGAGGAGUUCAAAAAGGGGAAGUCCCACCUGGCGAUCGUGCAGAAGGUGAACAACGAGGGCGAGGGAGAUCCCUUCUACGAGGUGCUGGGGCUGGUGACGCUGGAGGACGUCAUCGAGGAGAUCAUCAAGUCGGAGAUCCUGGACGAGUCGGAUAUGUACACUGACAACCGCAACAGGAAGCGGGUGGGCAACCAGAAAAACAAGCGGGACUUCUCUGCCUUCAAGGACCCCGUCAACGAGCUCAAGGUGAAGAUCUCCCCACAGCUGCUGCUGGCUGCUCACCGCUUCCUCUCUACGGAGGUGACUGCUUGCCCUUUCACGACGCUGAGGUCAGCGGGCAAGGUGGAAGUGGAGGCCGGCAAGGAAAGCAUGAAGUUUGAGGCGGGAGCCUUCUCCUAUUAUGGGGUGAUGGCCCUCAGCCCACCUCCUGUAUCGGCCCUCCCAGCCCAGCCCCGGCGCCAAUCCACAAAGCGAGGGUCAUUGUUUUCCAGGUUGACAGGCCUCAUGGCCUCCCGCAUGGACAGUUGCCCCCAGUCCCCGGACAGCAACGCCUCCAAAGUGGACACCAGCCUGCCGGAGAAGCCCGAGCCCUCGAGCACGGAUGAGACCACCAGUCUCCUGAACGAGAGGAACUGCCUGAGCCGCAGGAGCAACCACAGCUCCCUGGAGAACUCCAUCUGACCCCGGCCCCGCCGGGGACGCGCUCGGAGGACGCUCUGGACCAAGGUGAGGGACGUGGAAGGGGCGCCGCCGCACGCACGCCCCCAUAGCUUUUCUCUUUA